AUGGGCCAUCAGAUGUUCUCCUUCAUGGAUGGGUUCAGUGGUUAUAACCAGAUCAAAAUGGCACUAAAAGAUGCAGAAAAGACGGCUUUCAGAACGCCUUUGGAAAAAAUUUUCUAUACGGUGAUGCCCUUUGGUUUGAAAAACGCGGGGGCAACCUACCAACGGGUUACGACUGCAAUUUUCCAUGACAUGUUGCAUCAUGAAGUGGAAGUAUAUAUGCAUGAUCUGGUGGUCAAGUCUAUUGAGGCAAACCGCCACCUCUGCGACUUGGAAAAAGUUUUUCAGCGUUGUCGCAAAUUCUGCCUCAAGAUGAACUCUCUCAAGUGUGUCUUUGAAGUUACCGCCGGCAAGUUCCUUGGCUUUCUUGUACACUGGCGGGGGAUCGAAGUAGAUGGGGAUAAGAUCAAGUCAAUCAUGGAGAUGCCACCACCACACUCUCAAAAGGCCUUGAAGAAAUUCCUAGGCAAAGUUUCAUACCUGAGGAGGUUCAUUCCAACCCUUGCUGAGAUAACCUUUUCCUUUGGGACACUGCUGAAAGGAAAUCACAAGUUUGAAUGGUUGCAAGAACACCAACAUGCGUUUGAUAUGGUGAAGAAAGCACUUACCUCUCCACUUACAAUGAUUGCCCCACAGCUCGAAAAGCAUUUGCUACUGUACCUGGCCUCUACUCCUCGGUCUAUUGGAGCUUUACUUAUCCAAGACAUAGAUGGCAUUGAGAAACCAGUCUAUUACAUCAGUCACAAAGUUGUGACCCAAAGUGAUCCAGUCAGCUACUUGCUGGGCAAGCCCGCUCUGACUGGAAGAAUAAGAAGAUGGCUCUUGGCUUUAGCAGAACGUGGCAUCACUUGUGUUACUCCCAAGGCUAUUAAGAGCCAAGUGCUUGCAAACUUAUUGGCCCAAUUCCCAUCUAGUAAACAUGAACCUGCAGAGGUACCUCUACCAGAUGAGGUCCAUGUCUCAACAGCUGUAAUUGAGACUUAUUGGGACUUAAAAUUAGAUGGAGCUUCCGGAGCUGGGAAAGGCGGAGCUGGCAUAACAUUUACCAGUCAAGAAGAAGAGAAGUUUCAUCUGUCAUAUAAGCUUGACUUUGAGUGUUCAAACAACGAGGCUGAAUAUGAGGCGUUAAUACUGGGUCUAAUAGCUGCCCAAAAGAAGGGCCUCCACAAGUUGAGAAUUUGGGGUGACUCCAAGUUAGUUGUCAAGCAAACAAUGGGUGAUUUCACCUUAAAGGAGCCUCUGUUGGCUCCAUAUCGCACCAUGGUUCAAAGGUUGCUCACUCAGUUUGAGGAUGUCCAAAUACAACAUACUCCUAGAACACACAACCAUUUCCCCAAUGCCUUGGCUACACUGGGGGCAAAGGUAGAGAUACCAGAUGAUAGUAUAGCCAUCGUUAUUGAGAAAAGAAUAACACCAGCAAUGCUAGUAGAAGAACAUACAGAGCAAGAUACUGAGGGGUGGAAAGCAGAUAUAAUUCAACAGUUGAAAACUGGCCAGGGAAUAAUCAAACCAGCAAAACUUGCAUUAUUUCUGCUCCUCAAAGGAGAGUUGUAUUUUUGUAGUCCCAAUAACUUGCUGGCGUAUAGAAUGUCAAAGAGGAAGCCAACUCAAGCAACCCCAUUUUUCCUAGUAUAUGGGUCUAAAGCUGUGUUACCAGUUGAGUUAACAGUACCCUCAGCAAGAAUGGCUAUAUCAGCACACUUAGUUCCAGACAGCAGGAAAAAUGACAUAGAGGCAGCCGAAGAAAGAAGAGAUCGGGCCUCGCGAGCAAUGGAAAGGUAUCAUCAAUCCAUAGCUCCUGCCUAUAAUCAAUCUGUUCAACACAAGAAGUUUAAUGAGGGAGACUUGGUAUGGAAAACAGUGGAUGCAAUCAUACGACGGCAACCAAUUUCCAAGUCCUCACCCAUAUGGGAAGGCCCCUACAAAGUUGCUAAGGCAAGCAGCAGCGGGUACUAUAAGUUGACAAGAGUAGAUGAUAGGUUCAGAACUGGCCCUAUUAACGCCAAGUAUGUCAAAGAAUAUUUUCCUUAA